GGCUUGUGCGCGGACGUUAAAGCCUGAGCCCCGACUGCCGCGGCCGCACUGAGAUUGUGGGAUCCCCCGAGACGCCCCUCAUUGAUGGACAGAACAAACUGACGGAGAGAGCAGGAGGAGAGACGACCCACUCAACUUCUACAGGAACAUGAUGAUUAAACCAUACGUGAGACAAGGAGAGGGAGAGGAGGACGUGAGUCCGCUGCAGUGGAUGGACGGCGACACCAGUUCCCCUGAUGCCAACCCGACCCAGCAGCGCUACAGAGCGACUGGCCCAAACCAACACGCCAGCGAGGUUGGCAGUGAGGACGCUGAGGAAGACGAGGAGGACGAAGACGAAUGCCAGGACGAAGAGAAUGGCUCCAAAAGACGAGGGCCUAAGAGGAAGCGGGUGACAAAAGCCAGGCAGGAGCGCUUUCGUGCUCGGCGUAUCAAGGCUAACGCUCGGGAGCGCUCCCGCAUGCACGGGCUGAACGAUGCCCUGGAGAACCUGCGCAGCAUCAUGCCGUGCCACUCCAAAACCCAGAAACUCUCCAAAAUUGAAACCUUGCGUCUGGCCCGCAACUACAUCUGCGCCCUGUCCGAGGCCCUGGAGGGAGGCGUGUCCACUGAAAGCAGGUCCUUCAUGGAGACGCUGUGCAAAGGUCUCUCGCAGCCAACCACUAACCUCGUGGCAGGUUGCCUGCAGCUCGGCCCACCUCCCAGUGUGGUGGUCAGACCUGACGACAGACGCGGUGCUCGAGGACCCCAGAAUCCUCAUGGUGGAGGGGUGAGGUACUCCUCCCCAGGCUUGCCCACUCCCCCAUAUGGCAACUUCGACUCAGCUCACUUGCUUCACCUGAGGACAAUGAAAGGAGCUGUGUAUGAGAACCACUCGCCAAGUGAGUAUCACGCCGGGGGCGUCGGGACACCUCCCUAUGACGGACCACCGACCCCCCCUUUGAGCAUCGGCAACAACCUUAUCAACAAACAGGAGCCCUCGCCUCACUACUUAGCCCCCCAGCAUUACUCCCCCUCCCCGGCAGAUCAAGGCCUGUACCAGACCUCCACCUACGACAUUCACAUAGAAGGGUCUUAUGACUCCUUCCACCCGCCUCCCCGACAGACCCCUGUCUACAGAGACUGAGAGGGCGCUUCCCUUCCUGCUGAAUCCAUCACUCUCUAGAAGACCUGCUGGACUGGAAGCGCUGUCACUUCAUCGUGAUAAAUGAAAAGCUUUUCAAAAUUUGUGACACAGAAAAAGACUAGAAACAAACUUUUCAAUGGGGAAAAAAAACUAUUUUCUUACCUUAAGACCCAGAGCAAGUCUGCUCAAGCUUAGCACUUCUAAAUAACUUCAGAUAUCCUAAAGUAUUUUAUUUAUUUCUUAAUUUAAUGAAAUGUGAACGCAUCUGUCUCUCAGUCUGUUGUUGUUGUUGUACAUACCUGUGUUGCAUUGUUAGUCUUUUGUGACCAAUAUUCAUUGUUGUGGAGAUUUUAAUGUUGAAGCUUCAAACCCAAAAUGGCCAGAUGUAGCACUGUGUAGAUAAGUAUUAGCGAGUGAAGAACAAUAAUUUAUAUCUCUCAGGUCAAAGAUCCUUUUGUUGUAGAUUUUAUUUUUGCAUUUUCUCUCUUUUGGUGGAUAUUUGAUGUCAUUAAAAUAUUUUUUAAAUUA